CACUACAGAGCCAAAACAAGGAUGGGUCGGAAGUAACCUCUACCAUGGCAAAAAGGAAGCUUAAGAAAAAAAACAACACAAAUCACCAGUCGCCAGUUGCACCGGUGAAACCGGAGAGCCAGAAAGAAAUGACACAAACGGAGAAAGGUGCCGCUUUUACCCUCGCUGCUGUUAUUUUGGUCGUGGCUGUUUGUGUGGCACCACUAACAGCUGAAAUAUCUUCAUCGAACGCACAUCACCAUAAUCACAAAACCCCGAAGAUGGAUGAGGCACUGCUGACGGUCAACAAUGAGCUGGCGUAUGAGGUGCAGGUCUCUUGGAUGUCAGGGCGCUGUUACCAGUGUUUGUACCAGGAGCUUGGGACGGUACCUGCAGGGCCUGACCCUGGACAACCUAGUUCAGUAAGCUUUGUUGUAAGCACACCGCAUGAAAUAACACUGCAGAUCAACAGCACGCUUAUUGACCUGGAGCUCUGCAAAGUUCCUUUCCACUUUGGUGAGCAUGGGAACUACUCUCUGUGGGUGAAAAACUUGAAUACUUCCCAGAGAGUCAACUGCUCUGUAGUUACUGAUGUGGACCCUGUGAAUACCUACAUACCGAUCUUGGUUGCUUUUCUCAUCUAUGCUGGCCUGGCAUUGAUUUUUGCCAUUGGAAAAAAGCUUUUGGAGCUUGAUCUAAUGAAUGGUUUAGUCCUCCGACUUUGGAGUUCCAUGGAGACAGAGAGACUUAUCAAUUCUGAACUGGGCCCCACUCGGAUAGUGACACCAGUCACUGAUAAUAUCCUCCCUCCCUCGCCAAGCCGCGGCAGGAGGCUUCGAUCUUUGGAUACAUUCAGAGGUCUCUCCUUGGUCAUUAUGGUGUUUGUGAAUUAUGGAGGGGGGCGAUACUGGUUCUUCAGACAUGAAAGCUGGAAUGGCCUUACUGUUGCUGACCUAGUCUUCCCUUGGUUUGUGUUCAUAAUGGGCACAUCCAUCGCACUCUCAAUCAACGCCUUGCUGCGUUCAGGUGCCACCCGUUGCUCGCUGCUCAGAAAAGUUGCGUGGCGGAGCCUGCAGCUCUUCAUCAUUGGUGUCUUAGUCAUCAACCCUAACUACUGCCAAGGAGCAUUGUCUUGGGACAACUUGCGGAUCCCAGGUGUGUUGCAGCGCCUUGCUUGGUCAUAUCUGGUUGUAGCCUGCCUGGAUUUAUUGGUGGCAAGAGGACAACUUGAUAUCCUCACAAUGGAUGCUUGGUGGUCCCCUGUCAUUGAUAUCUUGCUGUAUUGGCCGGCGUGGCUGUGUGUGAUUCUUCUAGAAAUUCUCUGGCUCGUCCUCACUUUUCUACUUCCUGUGCCAGAUUGUCCAACAGGCUAUCUUGGUCCAGGUGGGAUCGGGGACAUGGGCCUGUAUGUGAACUGCACCGGUGGAGCAGCUGGUUUCAUUGACCGCUUGCUUCUGGGAGAAAACCACAUCUACCAGAAUCCAUCAUCAAGGGUGAUUUAUGCAACUCACAUGCCAUAUGAUCCAGAAGGUGUUCUUGGCAGUAUCAACUCUGUCCUCAUGGCUUUUCUUGGAUUACAGGCAGGAAAAAUAAUCUUGCACUACAAAGAUCGUCCCAAAAGCAUUAUGUCAAGGUUCCUCAUAUGGGGCCUUUUACUGGGUGCCAUAUCAGCAUUUCUAACAAAGUGUUCCACAGACCAGGGUUUCAUUCCCGUCAACAAGAACUUGUGGUCUUUGUCUUAUGUGACAACGCUGGCCUGUUUUGCCUUUGUGCUGCUAGUGCUGAUCUACUACAUAGUGGAUGUAAAUAAGUGGUGGUCUGGGUCGCCUUUCUACUAUCCUGGCAUGAACUCCAUACUUGUGUACGUGGGCCAUGAAGUUUUUGAAGAUUACUUUCCCUUCCGCUGGCGCAUGGCCAACAGCCAAUCACAUACUGAGCACCUGAUCCAGAACCUCGUGGCUACUUCCUGUUGGGUCAUCAUCUCCUACGUGCUUUACAAAAAGAGAAUUUUCUGGAAAAUUUAAACACGGAGCCCCAAAAUGAUAGGACUUCAAAAGCCCGGGACAUUGUUUACAUCACAGUUGCUGGAGAUAUAACAUGAGUGCAUUUGGCUGGAUACAGGAAACGGAUGAAUUGUGCCAAGAUUAUAUCAGAAUUGUAUGGAUCUCUGUCUCUGGCCAUGUAUGGGUUUCUUUUAUCAUUUUAUUUCUGGUUUUCUAUGGGACCAUAACCAGUUUCUUCAGUUAUGUAGCAGCAAAGACCUGCCAGUUAUCUUCACUGACUCAGGAACAAAUUGUCUAAGAAGAGUUUGGCUGUUAUAAAUACACUGUAAAUAUACCAUUUUUUAAUGUGUAGUGGUUUACACAUUCACCUAACAAGCAAAAGAUCUCUGGUUAAACUCCAGGAGGUGACACAAAUCCCUCGAGGGUUGCAUUAGGAAGGGCAUCCAGCGUAAAAAUCUGCCAAAUCAAAUAUGCUGAGCUACUGCUGUGGCUGUGAAUGAGUAAGCAUCCAUCCAUCCGUUUUUCUUCCACUUAUCCAAGCUGAAAGUAAAUAAACCAUUUUUCUUAUACCAGUCCAUCUUGAAUGACAGGGUGUUAAGCAGGGUGUUGCAGUGUUUCUUUAACAAGCCCUGCUGACUUCCCUGCUGCCAUAUUAAGUACUGUGGGGUUACUCUGAAAGCUUAUGUGGGGUUUUUUUGACUCUUGAUCAGGGUGAACGCUCAAAAAACAAAAAGGUUACCAAGAAUUCAUUGUAAUCUUUUAUUAUUUUCCUACUGCACCGUGAAAGAUUGAGUUCAAACAAGGGGGAUAUAGUAAGUAGAUUUUUCACAAUAGGAACGUUAAACAUUUGCGACCUUUCACUGCCCAGUUGUCUUGCGGAUGUAAUCAUCGUUUGCUGACAGUUAAUGGGAGUGUUACUUGUUUGCAACCCUCUCCUCCGCCCUGACCCGGUUGGCUCUCCCAGCAAGUAGUGUCACAUAUGAAGGUCUGUGCUAUCAAGUUCAUGUAUUUGCUGCCCCAUUUUGUUUUGCAAGCAUAAACAAACAUCAGUGCGCUCCCAUUUUAUAUAUGCAUCACAGUUGAUAUUACCAGCUAUAUGGCAAAACACAACCUUAACCCUGCUAUUUAUCAGUUCACACAAACCUGUCAUGAAACCUGGAAAAUUAUGUGAAAAAGUGCACAUCAUUUUGAGAUUAAAUAAGCUGCAAGUGUUCUAGGGAAGUAAAGGAGGGCAUGUCAGCAAUGUGAUACAUUUGGGUUAAUGCAGAAGCAGCACGUUUGUGUUUUAGGGUUUCAAAAAAGUUAGUGUUGCUGAUUUUUUCUUAAAUAUUCAUUUUUGCAGUUUUGCCAGAUUUGUUUUUUUUUUCCUUUUCCCCAAUUACACUAAAUCUCAUUGUGAGAUCUUAAAAUACACCUUAAAUAUAUUUGAUGGAGUCUGUUGCCAUUGCUCCUGCUGUAGUGGGUAAAUUUGCUCCCUGUUAUGAUUGGCAGUUGAUCAAACUUUGAUUGUCUGCUUUUGGAGGAUUAUCCAUUCAGUUUAUAGAAUAUCCAGAUGCUGUGAGAGAAUUUUGGAAGAAUUGCUCCUGUAGUACUGUCUCCAUUCAGAUUACAUGACAUUUAUUUUGUCAAACUUGUAGAUGUUUAAUUUUUUUGU